AAUAUAUAACAUGCUAGAAACACAAUAAUCACUGCAGUAAUGAUCCAGUCAUGGACUCUUAAGUAUUUGCCUGUUUCAAUCCAAACAGCGACUUUUUAUUUUUUUACUUAUUUUUUUAUUUUUUUUUGGCUGGGCAGUGUAUGAAUAAUUAUCACAGAAAAUAAAUCCAGACUCGUUAUCAGUGCCCUGAAAUGAAUAUGAGAACAAUCCCAAAGGGGUUUAUUUUGCAAUAAUGAGUGGCUUAUUGUUAUUAUCUUGACUAUUAUAUGGCUAUGUGCCGAAUAAAUUAGUAGAGUGGACAUGAAAUAAUAUAAUUUAAAUGUAUUAUUAAUAGAGUUAAAUGGUCAUUAUACUAAAAUAGUUGACCAAUUUCUUAUCAUAACAUACACACACCAUCUUCUCGGUCUUGCACUUUUCCAGAAUAAAUUGAAGCUGUGGGAGAAAAGUUUUUUUUUUUUUUUUUUUUUUCAGGUCAUGACCUUCACAGCAAUCAUUUUCAUUUAAAGACACUCUACCUUGUCCAAUUCAAAGAUCCACAGGGCACCUUUAUAAAAUGAGGGUGUGUGAAGCGUUUCUGGCGGCGUGAGUGUGUUUUAAUUACACACAAAUCACUGGGAUGAAUGAUGGAGGGGCGGAGAAGGGAUGCAGGAGUACCCGUGGCUGAUAAGAUGUUGCCAUGACAACCGUAUCCGCGUAACCUCCCGGUUAAAGCAAGUGCUGCAGGGAUUAGAAAAGCAAAGCAAAAAGUCAAUCGGUAUUAUCUUCGCAGUUUAGAAACGGAUCGCUGCAUUAAACCAACUCAUUUCCUUCAGAUCCGUCUCGGAUACUAAACAUUAAUUUAUUUUAAAACCUUUGAAAGUUCAGUUUUGGCUCUCAGACAAGAAAUAUUAAAUCUGUGCUUCUUCACUUUAAUUACACUGAAUCUGAGAAAGCAAUAAAACCUGUAAAGCAAAUAAAGAUUUUGAUCUGUCAAUAAGAUGUAUGAGACUUAUGAAGCAUAUGGAAACCAGGCCAAUUACGUGGGUAGUUUGACAUUUGGAAGACUGCAAAUGCAUCCGAAGAUGCAGGGUAUGAGCUAUGAAGUUUUUCUUUAUGGAGUGGGCCAUAAAGUGUUGGCUUCAUCAUUUGGUUUUAUAUUUGACAUUUCAAGUCUGUUGUCGUCUGUACUCAAAGGGCUCUCAGGCUUUGGUGGAAAUGCUGAUUAUCUUAUAAAGAGUUUCUUUCAGAUGUUUCACACAAAGCAUCACAUCUUAAAUCUGAAACAUGGAACCAGAACAGAGAACUGAACAGCGACGGCAUCACAGAACCACAAAUGGAGAACAUCCGCGGGACACACUCAACCCUCUACACGACUACAGCAAGCUGAUCAUGCAUGAAAGGACACUUCCAUAAGACAGAGGAGGAGGGAGUGAACAUGGCGGGCAUUGGGACCCCGUCGCCUCCUCCUCAGCGGCAGCAGCAAGGUUUCCUCCGUGUGCGCGAGUGUGAUUGAGCUCUUCACUGCAGGACACAUUCAGAUCCCAGUAUCAACCAGACGGGACACAGCAACGCCCUCUCUAUCUCUCUGUCUGUGGAUUUGGACUUUUUAUACUGAGCUUCAGCAGGGACAACAAACUUUCUUAAUUAAAUAUCUAUAGGACAAACAGUUCUUUUAAUUUUUUUCUCUGAAUUUUUGGAUUCUUUUUUGGUUUUGAUGCUCACUUUUAUUACAUUGAGAUUAUCUGACCAUGUCAUAAGUGUUUCUCAGAUGCACUUAGUUCAUAAGAAGAAUCUCCAUAACAUUAUUAUCGGUGGAUAUAUAAAUGAAUGAGCUGUCAGAGAUGCUGGUGUCCAGGGAUUAUUGCGCGCUUAUGAUGCGAGAUCGGAAGGAAUGCGACGCGCGCUCUCGGGAGAAGGCGGACGGUGAAGUGGAGCGGGUUCGAACCCGAGAGCGUCUGGACGCGACUGUAGCAGGUCUAACCGAGCUGGAGUAUCUGAGGCAGAGACAGGAGCUGCUGGUCAGGAGUGUGUUGAACUGUCAGGAGGCUGCAGGAAAGGACAAACCCUGCCAUACAGUGGAGGACAGCUAUCUGAAUACUGAAGAAAAACUUCUGGAGGAGAAUAUUUUAUUACUCAGAAAACAAUUGAACUGCCUUAGGAGACGAGAUGCAGGUUUGAUCAACCAGCUCCAGGAAUUAGACAGGCAGAUCAGUGACCUGCGGUUGGACACAGAGACUUCGCAUGAACACGUGGAAACGGACAGCCGACCAAGCUCAGGCUUUUACGACCUAAGCGACGGUGCUUCUGGAUCCCUCUCCAAUUCCUCCAACUCCGUCUUCAGCGAGUGUUUGUCCAGUUGUCGUUCCACCACCUGCCUGUGCACCCCCCUCGACACCUCGCUCUGUCCCUCUGAGGGAAGGCUUAAGCCUGCAGAUGAGCUGGGAAUUUGUGCAGAGUGUGAAUGCCAUUGCGAAGACUCAAGUUCCGGAACAGUCCGCAGGUCUCUUUCUGCAUCCUACUCCCCUUCCCCGGAUGGCACCUGCGAUGGCCUUUCUAAAUUCCACUGUGAUCUCAUUGCCAAAAAUUGUAAUGAUGUGUACCGGUACCCCAGCCCUCUCCAUGCCGUGGCUGUCCAGAGUCCCAUCUUCUUUCAAUCUAUGACUAGUAACCUAAAGGACGAUUGUAGCUUCUCCAAGCUUGGUGAAGCAUCAAGUGAUGAACAGAAACCAGAGCAGGUCAUGGGCACCCAGAAUUCAUCUUGGCAUGCCUCUCAGACACUCCAAAACAAAAAACUGGAUAGUUAUAUCUUUGGGCUACUUCAGAGGAGGGCACAACCAUUGAGGACCAGCAAACCUCGAACAAGCAUCAACACUGACCCCUCCAAGAGCAUUUUAAGGCAGGCUAGUCUUUGCUCACGGGCCCCUGCUGCUGUCCAGGCCCAGCAAAGGACCUCUGACCUCAAGCCUAACUGGCAGACAUGUUUACAAGAUGCAUCAGCAACUAGCACUGAGCCAAGCACAGCUUCGCCCCAAAGACAGUGGUCUGCUGAGUCUCCAAGUCAACCACAGAACAGUUACUCAAUCACUAAUGAUAAUAACACUAGUUGCCUCUUGAAGAAGAAAGUUUUCGGAGCCAGUAAAGGCCAGCCGUUAAGUGUUGCAUCGAAGGACUGCCAGGACUUAGGCAGCCCAAAUGCAAUUUCCUCUCCCAAACUCAACAAGCAUUCUUAUUACACUGUGGAAGACAAUAAAUCAGGACAAGCAAUGAAAACGAGUCCUCUUAAGAGGAGUCCUAAAGCUCAGGCUCCAGCAAGUUGUGGUAAAGACGCCGAGCAGCUGGCUCCAGAGUUGCUUAGUCUCGGUUCUUCUUCGCAAAGCCAAGAUGAGGGAGGUCAAAUGGUCAGUGCCCAGUUCAUCCCUGCUCAGAAACAGAAUGUAAAUCUCCGCAAGGGUGGCACCAAGAACAUCAAAAUUGUCAAAGUGAAAAAUUCCACCAGUGCAAAAAGUAGACCUCAUGUGUCCAAGCAUGUUUCAGAGAUUGUUCGUGACAAGCAUCGGACAGGAUCUAGGAGGUCUCGACAAGUGGACGAUGUCCACCAUGUACACAAAUCCUACAAAAAGGCCUCCACAAAAGCCAAGAGAAUCCCUGCCUCCAUCCCUGAAGAACGAAUCCUGGAGAAGCACACCAGUUCCACAGGGGGUCGAUCUUCUGCCCAGAGACACCACGGACAUCACCGACAUGAGGCGGUGUUGGCCAAACCCAAGUACAAGCGCAACGACUACCACCGGCGACCGAGGGGUCUCCACGAGAUCCCAUACGAGGAGGCUUACAGGAGGGCUCACUGCAGGCAGAAACGAGAAAUGCUGGGCCACAUGUCAGCCAUGCACCUGCCAUCUAACGCACACUACACCAGCCCCUACGCCUACGUGGGCAGCGACUCUGAAUAUUCAGCAGAGUGCGCCUCUCUCUUCCAUUCCACCAUUCUGGACACAAGCGAGGAUGAGCGCAGUAACUAUACCACCAACUGUUUUGGAGACAGCGAGUCAAGCGCCAGCGAGGCGGACUAUGUAGCUGAGAGCAGCACUAGUAGUGACUCUGAGGGCAGUGCAGGGGUCAACUGGCGCCAGUUCAACCAGGCGGGUGCAGGAUCCCACGGAAUGACGUCAGCACAGGCAAAGGCAUUUGUCAAAAUCAAGGCUUCCCACAAUUUGAAGAAGAAGAUCUUGCGUUUCCGAUCAGGCUCUUUAAAACUCAUGACCACAGUGUGAGAGACUUGAGAGGGACACAGAGAUCAGUUAGGAUGCAGCCAAUCAAAUUGGCUUCUCUCCCUUAUCACACAAUCAAGUGCCUAGACAGAAAUCAGCUGCACGGCCUAAAACUGCCUGUCUGUUAGCUGAGAACUCAACUUCUGUCCAGCACAACGCCUUCCCCUGCACUUUUCACCCCUUUGAUGUCAUUGUCUGUAGCCUUUUUUAACUUUUUGUUUUGUAUUUAUUAUAAAUUCAGCUUUUGCUGUGAUGCAUCUACAUAGCAAGUACUAUGUAAUUGCAUGGUUCAUACACGGUUUACUUUUCUAAAGAUAUUUAUAACUUAAUAUAUUUGGUUAGCCAUACAUGGAAAUAAAAUAGGAAAGUAUGACUGAACUGAAGCAGUGUAUGACAGACAGUCUGUCUGAGAAAUGUUCAUCCAAGCCUAGUUCACCUGCUGAUCAUUAAGGGCUUUUGUUAAAUGCACAUUAAAUAUGCAUGAGCAACAGCUUUACCAUUUACCUUAUUAGCUGUAAAUGACCCUUUUGUAAAAUAAAUGUUAAUGUAUGUUGAUUUCUUGUGUCUUUAUUCUUUAUUAAAUCCAAUUGUCAAAAUCA